CUGUGGUUGUGAAGAGCGAUGUCAAUAAAUACACAAACCCGACCUGCAUUUCUGUUCGCAAUCCCCGAACCCCCACAGAAAGUGAAACCUUCCCGAAGGUGGUGCCAGCAGCUCGGUGUGUGAGCGGCGCUGGGACACGGUCCUGUCAUUUCCUGAGACGGAGGGUAAACGGGGCGGUUACACGGAGGAAGACGCCGAGGAUUAUUCUUCCUCCCGGACAACAGGAGCCGCGGCUCCCGGGCCUUUUUUGUUAGUAAAAUUUGUGAUUAUCUUUGGUUUAUCAUGGAAAGAAGGAUAGACAGCGACAGAAGGAAAAUUAAGAAGCCCAGCACAUCUUCAGAAGAACAGAAAAAAAGAGACCGAGGAAAAACAAAAAGAGAAAGAAAACGAAGCAGAAGCAGGUCCUCCUCCACAUCAUCAUCAAGUUCAUCCUCUUCAAGUUUGUCAUCAUCUUCAAGUAGCAGAAGCAGGUCAAGUAGUAGAGACUCCCAGAAACAAUCAAAAAUAAAGAAAAGGAAGAAAGAAAAACAACACAAAAAGGGAGGAAAAAAGGAGAAAAUAAAGAAGCACAAGAAGAAAAAGAAUGUGUGUUCUGGACCUGUUCAGAUUUCUAAGUUUCUGAAAGACAGGGACAGAAGUGAUACAUACAGCAUGAUUACAGGAAAGAAAAUAAAAAUGAAAGUUAAAAAGACCAAAGAUGAUAAAGAGAGAGACCGAAAUCGAGCUGAACUCCUUCAGUUCCUGAACUCCGCAAUGUUGAUGAAAACAGGAUCUAAGUGAUUCAAACGCACACAGGCAAACCCACGAAUCUUGAAAAACUUCACAAUGAAAUUUCAAAAAAGCUGAGAGCUCAAUUGACUGAUUGAAAAUGAAUCUGGAAUAAAUAUCUAUAACUAAAAGAUGCUGCUCCAUGGUAUCGCAAUAAGUUAACUUACAUUAUUUCUUGAAAUGUUGGAAUAUUUGUUCUUAUUUUAUAUGACAUUCUGCAAUUUUCAGAUUUUUUUGUGAAAGCUGAAACCCAUUGUCUAUCUAGAUGUGAACUACAGCUAUUACAGAGAAUAAAGAAUAAUGUAUAGAAAAGGGAAA